AUGAAUGGUAUUUUUAUUACAGGAACUGACACAGAUGUUGGCAAAACAUUCAUUUCUGCUUUAUUGGUUAAAGCCUGGGGUUCAAACUAUUGGAAGCCGAUUCAAACUGGACUAAACUCUUGUCAAGUUGACACAGACACAGUGAAGUAUAUUACAGGUUUAUCAGAUAGUCAUUUCGAACCACCACGUAUUGAGCUACAAGAACCAUUGUCACCAUGGAGGGCAUCCAUUUCAGAAAAUACGUCUAUCUCUAUAGACGAAUUUGAGAUUCCACAAAGAUUCAAGCAAAGUAAUCGACUGCUAGUUUUGGAGGGUGCAGGUGGUUUAUUUGUUCCAAUCAAUGAAACAAUGAUAACUACAGACUUAAUUCAAAAGUUAAAUUUUCCUGUUAUCUUAGUUGCAAGAAGUGGAUUGGGUACUAUUAAUCACACCCUUUUGAGUAUUGAACAUUUGAGAAGCAGAAAAAUUAAAAUUUUAGGAAUUAUAUUAAAUGGGAAACUAAAUCCUGAUAAUGCCGCUGCAAUAACACAUUUUGCUAAAGAUAUCCCAAUUAUCUUACAAGUACCAGAAUUAGAUUUGGCUCUUACUCUGAUAGACAGUUUGUUACCUUUGGUUCCAAAGUUAGAAUUUUUAUAUUAA